GCUCCCCCAGCUCUGUUGCGGCCUACGUGCGGUUAACCACGCAAUCCUUUGGAAUCCUCUACCGUGCGCAAACUACACAUAUGUCCCGUUAUUCGCGACUGCCUCCUUCCAUUGAUAUUCCCGAGGAGGAGCUUGCCAUUUUGGAUUUUUGGGAAAAGAAUGAGAUUUUUCAGACCACCAUAAAACAAUCGAAAUUUCGCCCUAGGUACACAUUCUACGAUGGACCCCCGUUCGCCACUGGUCUACCUCAUUACGGUCAUUUGCUCGCCGGGACGAUCAAGGAUAUUAUCCCUCGGUAUGCCCACCAAUCUGGGUACCACGUCGAACGUCGCUUUGGGUGGGAUUGUCAUGGACUCCCUGUGGAAUAUGAAGUUGAUAAAGAACUUGGCAUCCAAGGGCCUGACGAUGUUUUAAAAAUGGGGAUUAAAUCUUACAACGAUAGAUGUCGUUCUAUUGUAAUGAAGUACAGCGCCCAAUGGGAGGUAAUUACGAAGCGGCUUGGUCGUUGGAUCGACUUCAAGAAUGACUAUCGUACGAUGUACCCAUCUUUCAUGGAAUCCGUUUGGUGGGCUUUUAAAGAGCUUUACAACAAAGGUCUCGUUUAUCGCGGCGUCAAAGUGAUGCCUUUUUCCACCGCAUGUGCUACACCUUUGUCAAAUUUCGAAGCAGGCCAGAAUUACCGCGACGUUCAAGACCCCUCUAUAAUUGUCAGUUUUCCUCUAGACAACGAUCCAAAUGUUGAAUUCAUCGCCUGGACAACAACGCCAUGGACGCUAAUCAGUAAUCUUGCAUUGUGCGUUCACCCUAACAAGGAGUAUGCCAAGAUUUUCGAUAAACAGCAAAAUCGCACCUUCAUUUUACUGAGUGCUCGCCUCCCCAUUUUGUACCCAGGAAGUGAAUACGAAGUAUUGGAAAGGUUCGUUCCAUUAAAGCCGGUAUUCAGCAUAUCUAGUUUCCUUGACAUCUGCUAUUUUUCUAACUCUGUUCCUGUCCGCUUAUACCUUUUGAGAACCCUUGCCUUAAGUCAGUUUUUUCGUCCAAUCCUUAUUUCGUUGCAGUUGGACAGUAUGUUCCGGACACCGAAAUACGUUGCUUUCUUGGCUUAGCUGCUUGAGUAGCCCUAACAUCCCAUCAAGGAAGGGCACUACAAACGACACACCCACUUCUGUAGCAACUUGUUAAUCGCUCAAACUCGG